CAAAAUCCGAUGGAAGGCCUACUUGUAGCAAACUGCAUUGUAAAGGUUAAACCAAACUCCAGAGUUAAUAUUUCUGUCGUAAACACCUCCGAAUCCACAGUACAUGUAGAUUCAAACCUAAAAUUUCAAAUUCUGCCUUUAGAACAAACAAAUCAUCAAGAGGUAUUUUAUUCAAUUGAUCAUAAUAUCUCUCGUAGCACAUUGACUCGAACCGAAGAGGUACUAAACCUCUUGCGUAUCGGUCAUUUAACUUCUGAAGAAGCAAAUGCUCUAUACGAGCUUUGCUCAACAUACUCAGACAUCUUUCAUCUUUCGGAUGAUAAAUUAACGUGUACUGAAGCAUUAGAGCACGAAAUAACCACAUCUUCCUCAGUCCCAAUUAAUACAAAAUCAUAUCGAUUUCCUGAAAUACAUAAACAAGAAGUACAAUCUCAAAUAAAUAAAAUGCUUGAUAAUGGAAUAAUUAAACCCUCUACAUCCCCAUGGUCUUCUCCGAUCUGGAUCGUCCCCAAAAAACUUGAUGCAUCUGGUCAGCGCAAAUGGCGAGUAGUCAUCGACUACCGUAAAUUAAAUGAUAUAACAAUUGGUGAUUCUUACCCUAUCCCCAAUAUUUCAGAAAUACUAGACCAACUUGGAAAAUGUAAAUAUUUCAGCACCCUAGAUCUUGCAUCUGGAUUUCACCAAAUAAAAAUAGCUGAACGAGAUGCCCCUAAAUCCGCUUUUUCAGUCCCUCAGGGACAUUUCGAAUUUACUCGCAUGCCAUUUGGGCUUAAAAAUGCCCCUGCUACCUUCCAAAGACUAAUGAACACUGCUCUCUCUGGUCUCCAAGGAAUCCAAUGCUUCGUAUACCUCGAUGACAUCGUAAUUUAUUCAUAUGACCUAGACACACACAUGAGGAACCUCUCAAACAUUUUUGAUAGACUAAGAAAAUUCCAUUUAAAGCUUCAACCUGACAAAUGCGAGUUUCUCCGUAGGGAAGUCUCCUAUCUUGGUCACAUCAUCACCGACGAGGGUGUAAAACCUAAUCCUGAAAAAACAAGAGCAGUAGAAGAGUUCCCGAUCCCCAAGCGUCCAAAAGAUAUAAAAUCCUUUCUGGGAUUAGUAUCAUACUAUCGACGUUUUAUUCCAAAUUUAUCCAAAAUCGCUAAACCACUCACAACUCUUUUGAAAAAGGAUAUAUCAUUCGUAUGGGGUAAUGAACAUCAACUAGCAUUCGAACAUCUAAAGAAUGCACUAAUCUCAGCACCCAUUUUAGCUUAUCCUGAUUUUACAAAACCAUUUUUACUAACGUGUGAUGCGUCCAACUUCGCAAUUUCUGCUAUUUUAUCUCAGGGUUCAGUAGGCAACGACCGUCCCAUUGCAUAUGCAUCCCGGACCUUGAACAAGGCCGAGUGCAAUUACAGUGUAACCGAGAAGGAAUGUUUGGCUAUCAUUUUUGGCACAAAAACCUUUAGACCAUAUUUGUAUGGACACAAAUUCACUAUAGUUACGGAUCAUCGCCCCUUAAAGUGGCUGUUCAAUUGUAAAGAACCGGGUUCAAAAUUAGUAAGAUGGAGGCUCAAAUUAGAAGAAUUCGAUUACGAAGUUAUGUAUAAGAAAGGAAAAAUCAACAGUAACGCUGACACACUGUCACGUUACCCAGUUAACCCAAUCAUUGAAGAAAACUCGGAUCCGCAACCUUCAACUUCCGGGUUUCCCAAUGAUCACCCUACUCUGGAAACUGAAACUCCGGCCGACAUUCUCGAUGAUUUAAUCGACCUGGGUGACUUGAAUAUUAGUCCACUUCAAAAUCCAAACAUCGACUUUUCCCCGCUGAAUCUUCCAUCUCCUUCAGAUCCUCUUGUUUUACCAGGUGAUAUUCCACCUAACCCCGUUUCUCCACCAGAAAUUCCAACGGUAAUAGAAAAAGAGACUUCAGAAAUUCCAACCCAAUCCAAUUCACCUACACAUUCCAAUAGAGAUUAUUCAGAAUUCUUGAAAUCCUCAACUAAACCAAAUGAAACUUGUAACACAUACAUUAAGGAGCACAAUGAAAGUCUUCUUAAAAGUACUGUUAAAACAAUAAUUAUUCCUACGUCCAUUGAUUAUGAUGAAUCGAAUCCUUAUGUUCAAGACAUAAUUGCCUCUACAGGUGAUUUCUUUUUAAACGAUGAGCGUGAGCUGCACUCUUUUAAGAAAAUAGACGCAAACAGAAAAACUUACUAUUUCCUUUUUACUAAAGUUUACUAUUUCGAUACUUCUACCUAUCCUGAUAUUUUUAAAGCUUUAAAAUCAGUCAGAGACGAUAUCAUGCUUACUGGCGACAUCAAUGAAAUAGCCAUACACGAUUUUAAAAAUCCAUUCGAGCAAAAUUCCUUUUGUCGAGAAAACAGUGGUUUGGACAACAUAAAGUAUCAGAAUAUUCUACAACCUUUAGAUUCACUAUUCAAAGAUAUUUUACGUGACUUCGACUCUAUCUCACACAUAAUAUCUAAUGGCAUAUCAAAACGAUCAGCAUGGUUUGCUGGUGUAGGUGUUGUAUUUAAACACAUUUUUGGCACUAUGAAUGAGGAUGAUGCCAAACACUAUAACGAAGCCAUUAAGACCUUGUAUGAUAAUGACAAGAUCAUAACUAAUUCUGUUAAGAAAAGUAUUAUUGUAUCCCAAAUAGCAAUGUCAAAUAUGAAUCAAUCCCUGCAAGAAAUGAAUCUGAACCAAGCUAAGCUAAGCGAUGCUAUUGACAGAAUGUCUAUAGCAGUAAAUAAUGUUUCUCAAGCCAUACAAUUAGAUAACUUCAAAACAAAUCUUAACUCCAUUUUAAACAUAUUACAAUCAAGUCUAUUGACUCUUUCCUUCAAAGUAGAGGACAUCCUUAACUCUAUUCUGUUCGUUAAAGCUAACAUACUACAUCCGUCUGUAUUAACUCCAAAUCAAUUGUAUAGAGAAAUACUAACUAAUCUUAAAGUAGUUCCUAAAUAUAGAGAUUUCCCAAUAAGUCUAGAUUUAAGUAAUAUCCAUGUUCUGCUGAACAUCGCUGAUUUAGUUUGCUAUUAUCUAGAUAAUAAUACGAUGAAGUACCUAGGACUCGUCCUCGACAGCCGAUGGACGUUUGAAGAGCACUUUCGGCGUCUUCUCCCAAAGCUCGUGGGAGCCGCUGGAGCCCUGAGUCGGCUCCUGCCAAACUUGGGCGGACCGAGCUCGCGGUGUCGCCGCCUAUACACGGGCGUGGUGCGGUCCAUGGCGCUCUACGGGGCGCCCGUUUGGUCGGACACUCUGACUGCUCUGACUCGGGCCCUGUUGCGAAAACCGCAGAGGGUCAUGGCAUCCAGAUUCACUUUCAACAGUACGUUGAAAGUGAAUCUGGACAGGGUGAAUUAG